AUGUCUGAGAAGAACAAUUCAAACUCUCAAUCAGAACCAGAUACCAUGUUCAAUGGUAGCAAUGAAGAUUAUCAAGGAUUCACCGAGGGGACAAGCAACUAUAUCAAAGACUUAGCACGAACUUUUUCUAAUGAAUCCAAAAACCCAGAAGAACAAGAUUCAUUAAAUCUAGAACGUUGUUUAACUUCAAUGUCAGAUGUUCCAGGAAUCAAUCCCUACACAGAAUCAAUCGAACACACACAAUUAGACCCCGAAUCUCCUGAAUUCAAUGCUAAAUUCUGGGUGAAAAAUAUUAGGAAACUAUAUGACUCAGACCCUGAAUAUUUCAGACAUUCCAAAUUGGGAGUGGCAUAUCGUAACUUGCGUGCCUAUGGAAUAGCUAAUGAUGUUGAUUAUCAACCUACUGUUACAAACUAUUUCUGGAAACAUCUAGCUGCUGCAGCUAGACAUUUUCGUAAGGAAGAUGGAUCGAGAUAUUUCGAUAUUUUGAAACCAAUGGAUGCAAUUAUGAGACCCGGUGAUCUUACUGUUGUACUCGGGAGGCCAGGGGCUGGAUGUUCUACAUUAUUGAAAGCUUUGGCUGUAAACACAUAUGGUUUCCAUUUGGAUAAACAAUCGAAAAUUUCUUAUGACGGAUUAACUCAGAAUGAUAUUAAGCAACAUUAUCGUGGUGAUGUGAUAUAUUCGGCUGAAACAGACGUUCAUUUCCCCAUGUUGACUGUUAAUGAAACAUUAAAGUUUGCAGCUCGAUUGAGUACACCACAGAAUCGAGGUGUUGGAAUUGAUCGAGAAUCUUAUGUAAACCAUAUUACUAGUGUAUAUAUGGCUACUUAUGGAUUACUUAUUGCUAGGAACACCAAGGUGGGAAAUGCCUUUAUACAAGGUUGUUCUGGAGGUGAACGAAAAAGAGUCUCCAUUGCUGAAGUAUCAUUAAGUGGCGCAAAUUUACAAUGUUGGGAUAAUGCAACUAGAGGAUUGGAUGCAGCUACUGCUUUAGAAUUUAUACGAGCCUUGAAAACUUCGUCGACAAUUUUAGAAGCUACUCCAAUUGUAUCUCUUUAUCAGUGUUCACAAGAUGCUUAUGAUUUGUUUGACAACGUUUUGGUCUUAUAUGAGGGGUAUCAAAUCUUUUUUGGAAGCGCCGAGAAGGCAAAACAAUACUUUAUCGAUAUGGGAUGGAAGUGUCCUCAACGACAAACCACAGCAGAUUUCCUCACCUCAUUAACCAAUCCAGCCGAAAGAGAACCAUUGCCCGGAUAUGAAAACAAAGUUCCCCGUACCGCAAAAGACUUCGAAAGCUAUUGGAAAAAUUCCCCAGAAUACACUUCCCUAAUCAAAGAAAUCGAUGAAUACUUCCAAGAAUGUGAACGUCUAAACACUAAGAAAAUCUAUCAUGAAGACCAUUCUGCCAAACAAUCCAAAAACCUCUCCGCUAAUUCUCCAUACACAGUAUCAUUCCCCAUGCAAGUUCGAUACAUCUUAGGACGAAACUGGCUCAGACAAAAAGGAAACCCAUCCAUUCCAAUCGUAUCUAUAUUCGCCCAAUUAAUCAUGGGUCUCAUCAUAUCCUCGGUAUUCUAUAAUCAACCGCCCACAACUGAAUCAUUCUACUAUCGAGGAGCUGCCCUUUUCUUUGCCGUGUUAUUCAAUGCUCUUGGGUCCCUAUUAGAAAUUUUGGCACUUUUUGAAGCUAGACAGAUCGUGGAGAAACAUAAGAAAUACGCCCUAUAUCGUCCAGCUGCCGAUGCUGUUGCGAGCAUAAUCUCCGAACUCCCAGUGAAAUUCUUAAUGUCGAUGAGUUUUAAUUUUGUAUUCUAUUUUAUGGUGAAUUUCAGACGUGAACCAGGAAGGUUCUUCUUUUAUUGGUUUACUUGUAUGUGGUGUAUGUUGGUCAUGUCGAUGUUAUUUAGGUGUAUUGGGUCGGUUUUUACGAGUUUGCCAAGUGCCAUGACUCCGGCUAGUGUUGUGUUGUUGGCUUUGAUUAUCUAUACUGGAUUUGUAAUUCCUGUGCCUAAGAUGUUGGGAUGGUCGAAGUGGAUAAGUUACAUAAAUCCUACGUAUUAUGUUUUUGAAUCAUUAAUGGCGAACGAAUUUCAUGGGAGGGACUUUACUUGUGGGGUUUUUAUACCUACUGGACCAGGAUAUCAGGAUUUAAGUAAUGAAAAUAGAGUCUGCUCAGUUGUGGGCGGUGAACCGGGGAGUCUUAUUGUUAGCGGUACGAAAUAUUUACAAUUAGCUUAUGAUUAUCAUAAUUCUCAUCGGUGGAGAAAUAUUGGUAUUGUGAUUGGAUAUACGUUGACCCUAACUUUGGCAUAUAUACUCUUAACUGAAAUCAACAAAGGUGCAAUGCAAAAAGGUGAGCUUGUAUUAUUUUUGAGGUCAAGUCUACCAACUCAACGUAAAAGAAAACAACUCAUCCAAUCAGAUAUUGAAACUAAAACUCCCAUUCAAGAAAAACUCACAUUCAAAGAAGAAUUUGAAUCAUCUUCUCCCACACCGCCAACUCCACCACCAAGUGAUUCCAUGCUGAACAAACUAGACUCAAGCGAGAUUUUCUUCUGGCGGAACCUAACCUACGAAAUCUCAAUCAAAAAACAGCCACGAACAAUCCUUGACCAUAUUGAUGGGUGGGUAAAACCAGGGCUAGUCACAGCACUAAUGGGUGCUACGGGUGCCGGGAAGACAACCUUAUUAAACUGCUUAUCUGAACGAUUAACCGUGGGUGUCAUCACUGAUGGAAAAAGGAUGGUGAAUGGACAUAGUUUGGACAGUUCAUUCCGGAGAUCGAUAGGAUAUGUCCAACAGGCGGACCUACAUCUUCCGACAACGACGGUCAGGGAGGCAUUACAGUUUUCGGCAUAUUUGAGACAAUCUAAAUCGGUAUCUAAGCAAGAAAAGGAUAAAUAUGUAGAUUAUGUGAUUGAUUUGUUAGAAAUGAAUCCAUAUGCUGAUGCUUUGGUUGGCGUGACUGGAGAAGGAUUGAAUGUUGAACAGAGAAAGAGAUUGAGCAUUGGCGUUGAGUUGGUCGCAAAGCCGAAAUUGUUGUUGUUUUUAGAUGAACCUACUUCGGGAUUGGAUUCUCAAACAGCUUGGUCGAUUUGUAAAUUGUUACGAAAGUUGGCUGAUCAUGGUCAGGCGAUAUUAUGUACUAUUCAUCAACCAUCGGCUUUAUUGAUGAAGGAAUUUGAUCGAUUGUUGUUUUUACAAAUGGGUGGUCAGACUGUUUAUUUUGGUGAUUUAGGUGAGAAUUGUCAGAGUUUGAUUGAUUAUUUUGAAAAAUAUGGUGCUGAUCCGUGUCCUAAAGAUGCAAAUCCAGCUGAAUGGAUGUUACAAGUUGUAGGCGCUGCUCCUGGUUCUCAUGCCAAACAGGAUUAUUUUGAAGUAUGGAGGAAUUCCACCGAAUAUCAAGAAAUUCAAAACACUCUCGAUGAAAUGGAACGAGAAUUAGUCAAGUUACCAAGAAUAGAAGAUCCAGAAGCCCACUUAAAAUAUGCUGUUCCAUUAUGGAAACAAUAUCUCCUUGUCUCCCAUCGAGCCAUCAUUCUGGACUGGAGAUCUCCCAAUUACAUCUAUUCCAAAUUCUUGUCCACCACUGCCGACGCCUUAUUUAAUGGAUUUUCAUUCUUUAAAGCCGAUAGAUCCCUCCAAGGACUCCAAAACCAGAUGUUUUCCGUCUUUAUGUUAUUCCCGGCCCUAAACAUCAUUGUUCAACAAAUGCUUCCGCACUACAUCCAACAACGUGAAAUUUUCGAAGCUAGAGAAGCAAGUUCACGAACAUUCAGUUGGUUGGCAUUCAUUUCUGGACAAAUUACCAGUGAAAUUCCAUUUCAAGUGUUGGUAGGUACCGCUUCGUUCUUCUGUUGGUAUUAUCCAGUAGGGUUCUAUGAGAAUGCCAUAUCGACAGACUCUGCGAAUCAACGUGGAGUUUUGAUGUGGAUGUUUUUGGUUUCAUUUUAUGUCUAUGCUACGACAUUGGGACACUUAUGUAUUUCAUUUAAUGAAAUUGAUCAGAAUGCGUUCAUACUUGCCCAUUUAUUGCUUGCUAUUUGUUUGAUGUUUUGUGGUGUGUUGGCUGGCCCGGAUAAGUUACCCCGGUUUUGGAUCUUUAUGUACAGGUGCAAUCCAUUUACAUAUUUGAUGCAAGGGGUUUUGGGGACGGGCUUGGCUGAUAAUGAAGUUGUGUGUGCUGAUUAUGAAUUGGUUGAGAUUCAACCACCUUCAGGGAUGAGUUGUGAGGCGUUUAUGGGACCAUUUGUGCUGGCAGCAGGAGGAUAUGUGGAGACUGAACCGGUCUCGGGGAAUUGCUUAUAUUGUUCUAUGAGUUCUACGAAUGAGUUUUUGACACGGAUUAAUGCGGUGUUUAGUGAGAGAUGGAGAAAUUGGGCUUUGGUGGUUUGCUUUAUUGGUGUGAAUAUUAUUCUUGCGAUUGUGUUUUAUUGGUUAGCUAGAGUACCUAAAGGUAGUAGAGAAAAGAAGAAGACGAUCACAUUGAAGGAUGAAGAAGAGUAA